CCGGCCAGUGACGUGACGCGUGCAAGAUGCGGUUAUUUACAACGAUAUUAUGCUGCGCGAUAUUAGCAACAACAUUUGCUGGUCCAGAACCGAAGAAAUACAAAGUAGAUGUCAAAGAUAAAGACAAAGUGAGUAAUUCAACAUUAACAGACGAUGAAAAGAAAUUUUUAAGAGAAGUUGAAGCUAAAUUUGGUGUAAAGCCUGAUGAAGAUAAAAAUAAUAAGAAUGAUGAAUCAAGUUCCAAAACACCUACACCUUUCCCUGCUGUUAUAGCUAUAGAAAUAGUUAAUGAUACAGACUCAAAAUCAAAGGGUAAAAGAACAAUAGAUGCAAAUUUGGGUUACGGAUACAGAACAAACAAUGGCUAUACCUAUUCAUACUUUGGAAAGCCCGUUCAAGAAAAAGGAAGAUUCAUGAUAUAUCCAUACUCGCAAGAUGACAUCGUUCCUACAACACAUCAUUAUACCCACCAUACGAAUGCUGGUGGAAGAUAUACAACAGUUGCAACUAAAGUUGAGAUACAACCAUCUCAGGCAUUCGAGUUAGUUCCUGUGAAAGAAGAAAAUGUUGAACACCAAGGCUCUUCGGUACAAAGUAACAAUUAUGACAAUAUCAAAGGUUUGGUUUCGCCACCGCCGUCGUUUGUUCAAGGAGGAUAUUCUCAUGUAUCAUCGCCGGUGUCGACUCCAUCUACUUUAUACACUACAUACAAUGGACAGAGUUUUUCAGGAUUGAGUGGACAGUUCCCCUCGGUUAUGUCCAAUUAUUUAGUUGAGCCUUCACAGCUUUUAAAACGACCAGAAUUCCAAGGGGCUGGACUAACUACCGAUCAUAUCCACAGUUUACAGGGCUCGACAAAGGAACAAGGAGUUGUGCCUGUUCUGGUUUUGAGGAUUCCUAGUUCGUCGCUAAAAAAUCCUACUGCUGAGCUCUUUGCGAAUUUACCUGACAACUACCCGUUUUCACGUUACUUGAACAACGUUAAUUUACAAGAAUUAGUUAAUGAAUAUUUUAAGAAAAUAGGCUAUUCGUUCGCACCACAAGUCAUGACUUAUCAGGAGUCACUAGCUUUGAAAGCUUCCGAGGCCUUAACAGGGGCACCUGUGCAUGAACCAAAUCAGUAUGCGGUACCUUACGUUCAACCUUCAUACACGCAUUCUGAUCAUUCAGGCGUUCAAUAUUCGGCUGUUAAGCCUGUCAUGGCUCGAUAUCCGUCUAGUUACGUUAAGCAACAAUAUUACCCACAAGGUCACUCCCAUUACAGGCAACCUGUCCAUCAACCAAGAUACGAAUACAGAUAUAAAUAUGUUCCUCAAUCUCGUGCACCAACACAAACUUACUACGUACAGCCUCAGUAUCAGCAGCAAGUUCAACCCGCUCAUGUAACAGAAAACGAACAAACUUUGUCUCAAACUUAUAAUGCACAGGAUACAUCAGCCGAAGUGCAGUAUGAUGAGCAAUCUCAUGUAAACAAUCCAGAAUCUGUAUCGGUUACCUAUGAAUACAGACAACCAGAAAAAAAUAUUGAGAAUCAAUAUGAAACACAGACUGCUUCACCUGACUAUGCUGCUCACGCAGUAACGGCAUCUGUUAGUAAUAGCGUUAGUCCAGUGUACGGAGUCCCGGAGACAAGUUCACCAACUUACCGUGAAGAGCAGACCUUACCAAAGGAAAAUGUUGUUGUUUAUCCGUCAGAAGAAGACCUCAAUCAAGAACCUCAACGACAACUUUAUUCGCAGCCAAAUUUAGAAUCAUCACAGGAAUAUAUUUAUCGACAGCAAUCGAAUGAAAAUUCUAAUGAUUUAGUAUUAACAGAAAACUACCCUAGUAAGGACCACACGGUUGCCACUGUCCUUCCACUAUCGUACAAAUCAAAACAAACAACCGCAGAAGGACCUGUUCAAACAGUGAGUUACGUAACUCCGAUGCCUUACUCUUAUAAAUACCAGUCGCCGUAUAGGGUAAUGGUACCCCAGACUUUCCUAAGGAACCCUGCCACAGCUGAGAAGGUUUCAUACGUAAAUUCACAAUCCAUGCAUACAUCUCAAAAUCAAGAAGAUAGUUCCGAAGUCGAAUAUACUGUACCAGCCCACUAUAUACCGCCCGUUGGUAAACAAAAGCCUCCUUCUUAUCCCAGAAAUUAUCACUCUUACCCGAAAAGAAUGACAAGACCGGAAAAUAAAAGAGAAAGUAUAAUGACGAGGAAACAAAAUCAACGCAAAGAAAUGAAGAAGUCAUCAUAGGGUGUAA